AGUGAUCUUAAGCUAUAUGAACCAACAUCCAAUCUACAUUACGGCUGGUUCUCCAAGAGAGGAUGCUUCACCCCACAGUCGGAUUCUGGAGACUCUUACUCCUGCUGAGGUGUCGUCAUUUUCACAAUCCAGCCUCUCUUUUCACCCACAGACCACAACAUAUUACUCACCAGCACCCACAACAUUCCACGCCAAUUCCAGCACUCUUUUUUCCAAUGACAGGAAAAAUGACUACCUUCUCGUGUCGUCAAACAUCAUGUCGUCAACGACAUCUCCCGAUCUGAGUCCGCAGAGUUCUUUGCAAAACCGACUUCCAGAACUCUCGCAGUCGUUAUCAACAUCAGACAACGGCUUGCUAACAAGCUCAGUCACCAUGUCGAAGGAGCACCCAGCCGUCGCUCAAGCCGAUCAAAUGAAUGCCUUCAUCGAUACCUACUUUGUCGAACAUGAGCCAAGUACUUCAUCCCAAGAUAUGGACAGCGUCCAUCAGGAUCAUGAUGAUUUCGACCAUGUGCAGUCGAUUGACGAGGAACUAGAUGAAAUGAAGAAGAAGCAAAGAGCUGAGCAAAUGCGGCGCGAAAAGGAUAGGAAGGAAUUGGAUGAGUUGCUGCGCGACUCCAGUGAAGGAGAGAUUGACCUUCAAAAGUAUCGCGAGCAAAGGUCAAAAAUGCGUCGAGCUGAAGCUGCACGGUCCAGAUAUCAACGAAUGAGCGAAGCAGAAAGAAAGGUUUAUAAUCAGCGUCGACGUCUUCGUGCUCUAGGAUUGGAUCCGGAUAUGCCAAAAGGAGCGUUCAUUGACAACGAAGCUAUAAGAGAACACAUAAAAAUGGCGAACGCUAAGAAGGCAGAAGCCGCGCGAUUACGGUAUCACCGCAUGACAGCGGAAGAAAAGCGGGAAUACAAUCAGAGGCGAACAGAAUCAUUUCGCAAGAGACGUCUCGAAGAGGAGAUUCUACUCUCCACCCCAGCUGGUCGAAUCUCCGCCGAAGCGUUGCAAAAAGCUCAACAAAUUAUGAUAAGAAACGCUAGAAAAGCUGAAGCCGCCAGGGCACGUUAUCAAAAGAUGUCACCGGAGCAGCGGAAGGAAUAUAAUAUGAGACGUGCACAAGCAAAAAAGAUGAGAGCCCUGAGCCGUGAAAAUCGAGGUCUUGGGAACUCGAAUUGUUCGCAAGUAUCUGGGGAUAUGGGUGAUUCUUCUGGCAUGAGCUCGUCGUUUGAAACAAGUCACUCUAUGUCGUUGCUGGAUUCGAAUGAAUUGACAACUGCUAUGGAACAACAUCUCAAUUCUACUUCUCAGAUGUCACAUUCUGCAGACGACAUUUUUGAGCAAAUGGAGCGAGAAGUGAUUAAAAGAACAAAACAGGCGCAUAUGGCGUUGGCCCGACAGCAGCAACAAUCACAGACGACGCGUUAUACUUCAUCCGUAGAUCAGCACUUGAUCGAUGGGGAUGCAGUCCUUAUCACGGGUGAUGGUCACAUUGUCGAUGAUAAAUGUUACGUGCAGCCGUCGCAACUGAUAGACGAAAAAGCUUUGCAUGACAUGUUGCUUACUGGUUUGGAUGCUAAUGGGCAGCCGGUGGAACUGCGAACUGUUGACGGAACGUUGAUACGAGGCGAAGAACAAUUAAGGGCUAUAACAAAUGGUCAGCCUUUUCUCAUCCAUCCUCAACCACUGCCUAUCACAAAUGUGGAAGACGGAAAAACGCUAACGUUUGCAAAUGCGCAAGAUCAGAUAGAGCUUGCCCCUUCAUCAUCUUCCAUGGUUCUUGAGCCGUCCAAUACUCUCUAUGCUUCUCACGAAAUAGUCAUUGAUGACAUGCCGGAUUCCUCGCAGUCUAAUUUGCGAUUCCAACCGCAACCUCAACCUGAGUCUCUUCGAAGAGCUGUUAAUACAUCUACAGGAGAAGGUAGCACGCGAGGUCUGACUGUGGCUGAAAGGAAUGAAAUCAGCAAAGCGAAGCGAGCGGAGAGAGCCAGAAUACGAUAUCACAGCAUGAGACCAGAGCUACGUCAGCAGCAAAAUGCCAAACGUGCUGAAUUACUGCGAAAGGCUAGACAACGGGAUGAAGAGCUGUGUCACUUAGCUGAAACUUGUUCGCUAGACACACUGGACGAAGAAACCAGACGAGCUAUCGCUGAUGCCCAAAUGAGACGAGCAAGGAGAGCAGAACAGGCCAGAGCAAAGUAUCACCGAAUGAACAGUGAGGAGCGUAGGCAGUACAACGCUAUGCGUGAUGCACAGAGGCGACAAAGAAAGCGAGCCCAGGAAGAAGCACGCCGAAGGGCUCAAAUGAAUGAAGUGUUAGCCACCGAAACUGGGCUAAGUCCUGCGUCUGGGCUAUCACCGGUGACCGACUCGAUCUCACAAGAUAGUCACGGCCUUUCCCCGGGAGACGCCGAACCUGGACAGAUUAUCUAUUCUACCUUUGAGAUGUAUCAAGAACCGAUGACGCGAUGGGAGCAAUAGGCACGCAUCGGAGACUCCGGUGUUUACUUCUUUGUCGUGUGGUUUUUUCUCGUUUUUUUCAAGGACUAGCUCCUGAUUUGCAUCUGACCUGUCUUUUUCGGUGGUGGGACCCUUCAGAGGUAUCCGGCAGUUUUGACUUCGAGAAGCGCUCUUCGCGUAUUAAUGCUUGCCAAUACUCGGGAGACUGUCAAGAGACGCGAUUUUUCUGGAUGUCAUCAACAUAAAACUCCAGUUUUAUGCUAUGGGAGAAUUCAAGAAGUGCCGGACAAAGUGCAUUGGCUUACUAGCUGUUUUAACUAACCAUUUGAUAAGUUUGAC